UACUAUUGUCAACCUUUAUUUUACAAAAAAAAAAGAAAAAAAAAGAAAAAAAGAAAGAAAGAAAAGAAGGAAAAAAAGAAUUAAAAUGCUAUCUACCAUCCCCACUGUAUCAUUAGAUUUUAACGUCAAAAACAGAAAGGACAUAAUCUCAUCAUUAAAAACAAUCCCUUUAGCUUUAAAUUACCCGCAAAGAUCUUGCUUUUUGCAUUGCACGUACAUUAGUUCCUUCGUUGUCUUAAGCCAGCGUUUGACGGCCACUAGAGUAUCACUUGUCUCCGGGCGUUAUGAGCACCAUAUCUGAUUUCUUUAUGUGGCAAAACUCCUAGUUUUUCUCUAAAGUCUGGAUUUUCUGUGUUCAGUAGAAACUGAUGACACUGACUCCAUGGCUACUUGGCCAGAGACAACAUCCUUACCCUCUUUGCACAGCUAGAUAGGAUUAUGGGGCUACAUUUUAGCUGCUGGGAUGCAAGCUGAAGUACGGUGUUAUUUCUGGGUCACUUCUGUCUUAGAAGAUAAGCCACUUGCCUCGAGUUCCUCUCUUCCUUUUGCAUAGGUUGGAAGACGGAAUGUGCCCCAGCCCAACUCUGACCACGAGGAUGGAGCGUCACCCCAGAGUAACAACAAAGCGACGGAGCGGACUGUUUGCACCGGCCAGACGACGCCUGCGGUCGCAGCUCCCAGGCCGGCGGCCUCUUCUAGACGAUGGAUCAGGAUUACGAAGCUCCAUCGGUGUCCGGAAGGUCCCGCAGGACCGUCUGAGCCCAGAUUUGCUUGUCAAGUGCCCGUUCCUCACGACGCGAGGUAAAGAGAUGAAGAAAACCUAUUUUUCUGGGUUGUCGUUUCGGGGUUCCCGUUGCUGUUGCGUGACCGUGCGGUUGUGCACGAUUGUGCGGUUGUGCGUGACCGUGCGGUUGUGCACGAUUCUGCGGUUGUGCGGGACCGUGCGGUUGUGCACCAUUGUGCGGUUGUGCGGGACCGCGCGGUUGUGCACGAUUCUGCGGUUGUGCGGGACCGUGCGGUUGUGCACGAUUCUGCGGUUGUGCGGGACCGCGCGGUUGUGCACGAUUGUGCGGUUGUGCGGGACCGUGCGGUUGUGCACGAUUGUGCGGGACCGCGCGGUUGUGCACGAUUCUGCGGUUGUGCGGGACCGCGCGGUUGUGCACGAUUCUGCGGUUGUGCGGGACCGCGCGGUUGUGCAAGGACAGACCGAGCCCGCGGAAGCGCGCCGACGGGACGCACAGCGCACAGCAGUGCAGGGACCGUCUGAAGGGCCGGCGGUGCCCGUUCUGCGGUCACAACUGCGGAGACGGACGAGGGGGCGCCGGGACCAGGAGGGCGGGAAGGACACGCGGUGA